GAUUAAGAAUAUUAAAUUUUGACUCGUUUGAAUUUUCUGGCAGUUUCAAAAUUUGCCGCUGAAAGAACGUUUCAAGGAUGAAAACUUUCGAGCCGGACGAGCUAGUCACGUGCCCUUACUGCCAGCCACCAAAAACCCACCAAAUUCGCUUCAAAAGGUUGAAUACUCAUCUGAAGGAUAUGAAGAUACAAGAUCCUAGCUUGGCCCGAAUGAAAACUUGCAGAUUCUAUGCGCUACAUGUCUAUGAUAAAGAUUUAAUUGAUGCGCAUUAUCUGCAGUGCAAAUAUGCAGUUAAGCAAGUGGCUGUGGAAGAAGAAGUGAAUGAUCAGUCAGAAGUAGCUGAUGCGGUUCAUCCUAAUAUUCACGACGGUGAAAGCUGGGACUUCGUCGACAAUGCACCACGCUUCCGCCUCAAAGAUGAAAUUCAACGCUCACAUAAGCCAAGAGGAGAAAAUGCUGCCACUGGGCAACAGGGCAUAGAUGAUAUCAACAAACCAUUUGUGCCAGUUGGAAUGAGCUACCCAACUUCUAUGACUGAAAAUAAGGAUAAAAAUUCAAAACAAAAUCAAGUCAGAAAAGUUUCAGAAACCAAAGGUUUUGGCAUAAAAGACCUAAACUUUCAUCCUUAAGAAUCAUUAAGUACAUCUUUUUAAAUUAUGCCAUGUAACGUGAAAAUUGAUAUAUAUAUAUAUAUAUAUACAUACAUGUAAAUACAUAUAACAGCGUUUCGAAAAAGCUAAUUGUGCUUUUGACAUUGCAUAAGUUUCUAUUUACAUUAAUAUUUUUAACCUUCUUGUGUUGCACAAGAUUUUAAAUGCAUUAUUCAUCAUCACAAUUUUUAGAGAUAUCCGAUCGAUAUUGAACUGUUCUAUAGUUGCAUUUCUAUUAUAUACAUUGGUUUUUAUCUGAUACGACAGUAAAUUUUUUGCAUUCUAGAAAAUUCCUCGCUUAUUUUUUAUUCUGUUAUUUAUCAAAGCCGCAACUUGAAGCACUUAUGUGAGAUCAUAUCAGAUGUUCGUGGAACUUGAAAAAACGUUUAGAAUAAAAUUUAAUCAACGUGAU